UAUUUCUUUCCGACAUUUCCGUUAACAGAAAAGAUGGCAACUCCCAGCUUGACGUGUUGGCAUUUGUAUAGCGGCACUUGUUUAAUUCUUGUAUUGGUUAUGUUUAAUGAUUUCAACCGUUUUAGCUAUGGAAGAGUCAGUGUCUGCCACGCAGAGGAGUUUGCUGAAGAUGAUUCUCUUUUGCCAACUGUCUUGAUAGCGACGUUAGUCAGAAAUAAAGAGCAUUCUCUCCCAUGGUUCCUUGGAUUGAUAGAGCGGCUGGACUACCCGAAGGACCGAAUCGCCCUGUGACUGGUGAUUGGGCCAAUGUUAAACUCCUCGGUGGAGGGCUAUUACUCCAACUUUUGGGCUGGCAUGUCGGACAAGGGGUACUACAUGCGGGCCAACAACUACAUGCAGAUCGUGGAGCGGGAGAUGACCGGUACAUUCCCCGUCCCGAUGGUGCACACCGCGCUCCUGGUGGACCUGAGACACCCGCUAUCCUCCCACCUCGCCUACAGCCCGCCCCCGCCCGACUACAAGGGACCCCGCGAUGACAUCAUCAUCUUUGCUCACUCCGUCAAAGCUUUAGUUGAAGAGGUCCCCCCACUGUACAGCUCGCCCCACGUCUACGUCCCCGAGAGAGCCAAAGACAAGCUGGGAUUUGACCAGAUAUACAUGAUUAAUCUGAAGCGCCGACCAGCGAGGAGGUUCCGGAUGACGAAAGCUUUCGAUUAUCUUGGCAUCGAUGCCAAGUAUGUUGAUGCUGUUGACGGCAAAGAACUGAACGACACAUUCUUGGAGCAGAAAGGUAUCGAGAUGUUGCCAGGUUUUGCCGACCCAUACCACGGCAGGCCGAUGACUAUGGGCGAGAUAGGAUGUUUUCUCAGUCACUACCAGAUCUGGGAGGAAGUGGUUGCCAAGAACUACCAGAAAGUCAUCGUGUUUGAAGACGACGUUCGCUUCGAGCCGUACUUCCGCAAAAAGCUGGGAGCUCUCAUGUACGAGGUAGAGGAGAAAUUCGACGUUUGGGACCUUAUGGACAGCUGGAGGCUCAAGUUCUGGCCCCGGGAUAUGGUGAGCCUCUCGGCCGACCCGUUCCUGCUGUACCCGACCCACUACACGGGGGAGCCUCACUACUUCUCUGACACAGAAGACUCGGUCGUCAUCGAAAAGUGGGACACCGCCGAGCAGGAAGUGGGGCAGGCAGGCGCGGGAGACGAGGGGGAGAUGUCCCCACCUGAUGGAGGGGCGGAGGAGAGGGUAGGGUCAGGGGAGAGGGAAGGGAAGUCUGCGCUGGACCAGGGGAAGGAAGAGUUGUGAGCGUCUGACGGCAGCGGUCGUUGGGGGAAUUGUGUUCAGUGAAUAGGAGAAGAGAAUCUUGACUGGUUUUCUGUCGGUCAAAAUGAGGCUUAUGUCGCUGAUAGUGUGUUGUAUGUCGCUGAUAGUGUGUUGUAUGUCGCUGAUAGUGUGUUGUAUGUGUAGUCGCUGAUAGUGUGUUGUAUGUCGCUGAUAGGUGUGUUGUAUGUUGCUGAUAGUGUGUUGUAUGUCGCUGAUAGUGUGUUGUUGUAUGUGUAGUCGC